AUGUCACGUUGGCUUCUCAUCGCGGCUCUAUACGCCAUCAUAGACUCAGGUGCGCACGCAUCAUGCAUUUGGGGUUUUGGCGGCUACGCUGAGCCAUGCGGGGCCCAAUUCAUUGGCGCGGACGACAAAAUCUGGACAGAUGCCGUGGAAAACAGCAACUCCAGCGGGACCUACGCCAUGCCUGGAUACGACGUCUCAAAACCAUGGCCAGGUAGCCCGAUGGACGGCUGGAAGAUUGCUAUGGCAGCCGUUGACUUCGAUCACUACCAGCGAGGUGAGGCCGGCAGCCUAUUGGGUGGCCGUGCAACUAUCGGGGAUGACAUCAAGAUCAUUGCCCCCGAGUCACUCUAUGUGCCUAGUGCCAACGAGAGCGACCAUGGACAACCUAUGGUAAACGCGAAUACCGAUUGGGUAUUUUGCGCAUGGCGCUGGUUCUCUCCGCCAGAAACUGGCAAGUACGGUACGGCAUACUGGAUCAAUUCAGAACCGAAGGGUGUCUACGGCUCUCGGCAUACAUGCUUUGAUCUGGAUGUUCCAGAGGAGUGUUCGAGUACCAAAUUGGUGGAUAAUGAUCCACUCCUCCCAACUUGGGGUAUACCUCUGCAACAUUUGAAUGGCUCAACCACUUGGCAGAGCGGCUACGCCAUCAACGAGAACACAACUGCCGAAGAAAUGCAAGAGAUGUGGAAGACUGUGACACAAGGGUACCAGCCGAUUGUCACGAUGUUUGGGCGUUUCCAGAAUGAUACGCCAUACAGUCUAGACUUUGAGUCUGGUUUCGCGAAAUUGAGUUGUGUUAGGGCUGCCCCUGCGAAAGGAGCAAAGUCCAACAGCGAAAAUGGCGACGGAAACAGUAGCGGAAGCGGAAGCGGCGGCGAAAGCGGCAGCGGUAGUGAUGGCAAGAGCGGAAACGGGUCCGGUAAGGAUGGAUCUGAUAAGAGCGUUGCUUCGCAUGUGACAAAAGCCUCCAUGUUCUUGGUUGUUUCGGUAGCUGUUGCACAUUUGCUAUUUUGA